UUUUCGCUUAUAUAAAUUGUUACUUUUUCAGUUACAAUUUUAUUUCCCCUUCGCAAUGAAAAUGCCUUUUCAAUGCGUAUUGAUUUUAUUGUUUUGUUUAUCCAAAUCUUUAAAUGCACAUGAUAGUUUUAAUGACAGACCUAUUAUUGGAGUUGUUACAGAAGAAAUUAAUUCAACUAUUGUACCCAAAGCUAAAAAUUAUGUCCUUGCAUCAUAUGUUAAAUUCCUGGAGGCAGCUGGAGCAAGAGUAGUUCCUAUUUGGAUUUAUAAAUCAAGAGAUUAUUAUGAAGAAAUCUUGAGUAAAAUCAAUGGUGUACUUUUUCCCGGUGGUGCAGAUUUACUAACAACAAAAGGAUAUGGCCGAACUGGGAAAAUAAUAUUUGAUAUUUCUACGAAAAUGAAUGAUAAAGGGGAUUAUUUUCCUCUUUGGGGGACUUGUCUUGGCUUUGAAUUAUUAAAUUAUUUAGCUGUGAAUAAACUUUGGAUGAAAGCUUGUGAUGCUGAUGAUGUGCCUUCAAACAUAGAAUUUGUGAAAGGUUAUAAAGACAGCAGAAUGUUUCAAGAUCUUGAUAGUUCUCUGGAGAAUAAAAUGAAAAGCCAGAAUGUUGUUGUUCAUUAUCACGAAUGGUGUUUAACACCAAAAAAUUUCACACUGUCUGGUUUGGAUAAAUAUUUCAAAGUUUUGGCUCUGAAUCAAGAUGCAAGAAAUAUGACAUUUGUAUCUAUUAUUGAAGCUUACAAUUACCCAUUUUAUGGAGUGACUUUUCACCCAGAAAAAGUUCUAUUUGAAUGGAUAAUAUUUAAGUCUCGCAAGCAUAUACCUCAUGACUCUGAUUCUAUUCGUGUGUCACAAUAUUUUGCCAAUUUUUUUGUUGAUGAAGCCAGAAAAAAUGACCACCAUUUUUCUAAUAAGAAGGAAGAAGAUGGUGCCCUCAUAUAUAAUUAUGAUCCUGUAUACACUGGGAAAUAUGAAAAUAAUCCCAAUGAACAAACUUAUUAUUUUACCCAGUAACAUUAACUUUACAGAUAUAUAUUAUUACCCUUUUUAUUCUUUAUAUUUUAUCUACAUUCUUAUAUUUACCAAUGUUUAAACUGUUGGAUUUCAUUUUCUACUAGGGUAUAAUUUUUAAGAAUUGAUACAACA